GUUGAAAUUUUGAAAUUUCUCAAAUUCCGGAUAAUGUUCAUCAAACUGUGUUCUCGAAAACUGAAAAUCCGUGUGACUGUUCGUGAGUAGGUGCUUAAAUACCACACUUGGACUGCUUGCAUACCGGCUGUGCGAAUUGCUCAGCGGAACGAUUUGAACAAAUGAAUUAUUCCUUUCUUCUUAGUAAUUCUGCAAAAUUAAAAUGGCAUUUUCCGUUUUCAAUAGCCGAUCAAAUUAACACCUAAAUUGCCGACCAGCUGCUGUCACACCAAAGUGGGAAUUCUGUUUUAUUUUUGGGGAAUUCACUGAAAUCCUGCCGUGCCUUAUCGCUUCGUUACUUAAUCAUUUGAAUUGCGUUGAUAUAUAAUAAUAAUAACCAGCGGAGAAUGGUCUACGGAAACAUAAUGCUAACCGUGGGCGUGGUCCUUGUGUCCUUUGUCGCGGCCGUUUACUUCAACAGGCCCAACGACCAACAGACUCCUCCACAUCGCCAGCGCCGUCGCCGAGAUGAGGACGAGGAUUUCCACAGCUCGGAAUCAAAGGGACGGCGAUUUGUGCGCAGCCGGCCGGGAGAUAGGUGCUCCGUGUGCCUGGACGAAAUGAAUCAUGACGACAUGCACUACAUGAAGUGUGAGCAUGCUCUGCACAAGGACUGCUUCUUCCAAUUUCUCCGUAGUCGUAGAAACUGCCCUGUCUGCGAUAAGUUGGUUAAUUUCAAUCUACCCGGCGACUUGUGCACGAUUUGUUUGGAUCCACUAUGUACACGCACUAUGAUUCAUGUGAUGUGCAACCAUGCUUUUCAUAAGAACUGCCUCAAUAAGUUUAUGGCAACGGGGUUCCGCAACUGCCCGGUCUGCAGAAUGGAUAUCAAGCUUUAUAGAACAACGUAGAAGGUGAUCAACACACAAUCGUAUAUCAGCAUAAACAUAUGCUAACGAUGUACCAACAUAAGGAAACAUAUAAGCAAUCGAAGUCUGUUGUACAAUUUAAGUCUCAAAUAUAACUAACGCGUUUGUAUUGAGUUAUCGCAUAUUUAUGUAUGUAAAUUUUCUAAUAAAUAUAUUAGGUAAACCUAUAA